UUACUUCUAACAUCAGCAGCGCCGUUAUGGGACGGAGGCGGAUAUAAAUGAAUCCUCCAAGGUCAUCUCUUAUAAACGCCAUGCAGAAACUUCCUUCUAAAAAUCUUUCUUCAACUAAAUCUAAUUCUUCCUCAAACUAAGGAUUCUAAUGGAAGAUUCUUUGUUCAAGUCAGCAUGUUUCAAGGAAAUCUACGUUCUAUCUACAAGCCUUUUGCAAAAUCUCUUAUAUGCUCUAAGUUAACCCACACGAGCUGCAGACGGGUGACGGAAUCUCUUGUGCUGUUGCACUUCAAUGAGGAAUAUAUAUCAAGUCGGCUAGCGCCAAUUUUGCGAGCUGAUGUUGACUUCUCUGUUCUUAAACAAGGUAGGCAAGUUCAUGCGCAGCUUGUUGUCAAUGGAAUUAGCACUGGCAGUCAUCUGGGUGCAAGGAUUCUGGCUAUGUACGUUCUUUGCGGCAGCUUUUCGGAUGCCGGGAAGAUAUUUUAUAAGCUCGAGUUAUGGUGUACUACGCCUUGGAAUUGGAUGAUCAGAGGGCUUGUUAAAAUGGGUUUGUCUGAUAUUGCCUUGUUGUUUUACUUUAAGAUGUUGGGUUGCGGAGUUUCUCCGGAUAAGUAUACGUUUCCAUGUGUAAUCAAGGCCUCUAGUGAUUUGAAUAAUCUAAGAUUGGUGAAGCUAGUUCAUGAUACGAUUAGAGUUAUGGGGCUUGAGACUGAUCGGUUUGUAGGUAGUUCUUUGAUUAAGUGGUACGCAGAUGAAGGUUGUAUAGAUGAUGCCCGUGAUCUGUUCGACAAAAUGUCUGAAAAAGAUGAAGUUUUGUGGAAUGUGAUGCUUAACGGUUAUGUCAAAUCUGGGGAUAUUGAUAACGCUAUAAUGGUGUUUAAGGAAAUGAUGGUCAGCCAAACAAUGCCCACUUCCGUGACAUUUGCUUGCCUUCUGUCUGUAUGCGCCUCAGAGGCAAUGGUGAGUCUUGGCACUCAGCUUCAUGGCCUCACUACCAUCUUUGGCUCAGAGUUUGAGUCCUCAGUGGCAAAUACUCUCCUGGCUAUGUAUUCAAAAUGUGGGCACUUGUCUGAUGCACGCAAGAUUUUUAAUUUGAUGCCUCGAACUGAUUUAGUGACUUGGAAUGGGAUGAUCAGUGGGUAUGUGCAGAAUGGUUUCAUGGAAGAGGCUUCCCAUUUGUUUCGCCAGAUGGUAUUUGGUGUUCGAAAACCAGACUCCAUCACGUUUUCAAGUUUUCUUCCCGCGGUCAUUGAGUCAGCAAGCCUCAAACAAGGUAAAGAAAUUCAUGGUUAUAUAGUGAGACAUGGUGUGACACAGGAUGUAUUCUUAAAGAGUGCACUUAUUGACAUAUACUUUAAAUGUAGGGAUGUGGAGAUGGCACAGAAGAUUUUUAAUCAUUGCACUUCAACUGAUGUUGUAGUAUGCACGGCAAUGAUCUCUGGAUAUGUGUUUAAUGGAAUGAACUCUGCAGCUCUAGAAAUUUUCAGGUGGCUGUUCCAAGAGAAAAUUAGUCCAAAUGCUGUAACUCUGGCAAGUAUUUUGCCAGCUUGCUCUGGUCUGCUUGCCCUGAGAUUGGGUAAGGAAGUUCAUGCUAGUAUCCUCAAGAAGGGCCUUGAGGGGAGAUGCCACGUGGGAACCGCUAUUAUGGACAUGUACGCAAAAUCUGGAAGGUUGGAUCUUGCUCGAAGAAUUUUCGAAAGAAUAUCUGAUAGGGACACUGUUUGUUGGAACUCAAUGAUAACGAGUUGUGGGCAGAACAGCAAACCAGAAGAGGCAAUUGAUCUCUUUCGUCGAAUGCGAAUGUCAAGAAUCAAACAUGACUGCGUAAGCAUAUCAGGUGCUCUUUCUGCCUGUGCAAACUUACCUGCACAACAUUAUGGGAAAGAGAUCCACGCUUUCAUGAUCAAAGGAUCUCUGAGCACUGAUGUAUUUUCUGAGAGUGCAUUGAUAGACAUGUAUGCCAAAUCUGGAAAUUUGGGUGCUGCUAGACUUGUGUUUGAUAUGAUGCAAGAGAAAACAGAAGUUUCAUGGAAUAGCAUCAUUGCUGCGUAUGGGAAUCACGGCCACCUCAGGGACUCACUUUUGCUGUUCCAUAGAAUGUUAGAUGAUGGAUUUCAACCCGAUCAUGUCACUUUUCUCGCUAUAAUGUCUGCUUGUAGCCAUGUUGGAGGAGUUGAUGAUGGACUUUACUACUUCCGCUCCAUGACUGAGGAUUAUAGAAUUCAACCUCAGAUGGAGCAUUAUGCAUGCAUGGUAGAUUUGUUUGGGCGAGCUGGGCAUUUGGAGGAAGCAUUCAAAACCAUAAAGAGCAUGCCAUUUUUGCCUGAUGCUGGAGUGUGGGGAACAUUACUUGGGGCCUGUAGGGUUCAUGGUAACGUUGAGCUUGCUAGAGUGGCUUCCAGAAAACUUUUUGAAUUGGACCCUCAAAAUUCUGGUUAUUAUGUAUUGCUGUCAAACAUACAUGCUGAUGCCGGAGAAUGGUGGAAUGUCCUUGAGAUACGAAGUUUGAUGAGAGAAAGAGGAGUUCAGAAGAUACCUGGGUACAGUUGGAUUGUGGUCAACAACUCUCCCCACCUGUUUAUUGCUGCUGAUGGAUGUCACCCAGAGGCUGCUCAGAUCUAUUCGGUGCUCAAGUUGCUUCUUCUAGAGCUGAAAAGAGAAGGAUAUGUUCCUCAGACUUAUCUCCCAAUAUACCCGCAAACCUUAAGGCAUGAAGGUGUUGGUGCUACUAUCAAUGAACGCUAAUCCCACAUCGACUAUGUACGGUUUAUACCCUCAUGUAAUCGUGGCCCACAUCAACUAUGUACGGUUUAUACCCUCACGUAAACAUCGCCCGCAUGUUCCACGGGAAUAGGGUUCUUAGGAGGCGCUAGUUGAGCAUGCAUUGUGGUUUUUAUAAAUUGUAUUACUCUAUAUGUCACCAUAAAUUAAAUUCUUCUCAUUGUAUCAGCACCUAUUGGAAGUUGCAUUUAUUUUUAUGUUUUCCCUCCCUACACUCAUUACUUGAACCAUUAGGCAAGAGAUUGAGAAUU